GGAGAGGGAGAGAGAGAGAGCUUAUUGUUACAAAGUUAAUCUUUUUCUUGAACAACAUGUCGAAGUCAGGCCGGGAAGAAGAUGUCGGUAGUAGUAGUUCGCAAUCUAUGGUUGAGAAAACCCUAGAAGUUGCAAAAGCUUCUGUUUUUGGUGAAAGAAAAGAGAAGGAGAUGAAGAAAGAGACCCGUCUAGGAAUCUCUGCAAAGAAAGAUGAAGACUUUCCGAGUUGGUAUUCUCAGGUUUGUAGAUUCGGUGAACUGAUAACCCUCUCCGACACAAAAGGACUCUACAUCCUAGAGCCAUCAGCAACAAAGAUCUGGAACACUCUAAGAAGUUACAUGGAUGCAGAGCUGGAGAAGUUGGGUGGCGUGGAAGAGAAGAAAUUCCCUAUGUUAAUAAAACGCGAUUCACUCGAGAAGGAGAAAGACCACAUCGAAGGGUUCAAACCAGAGGUUGCUUGGGUCACAAGAGCUGGUGAACAUGAUCUUCCAACACCGUACGCUCUACGUCCAACUAGCGAGACCAUCAUUUACCCUUACUUCAAAAACAGGAUUAGGACACACCGUGAUCUCCCCAUGAAGGUUAACCAGUGGGUUAACGUUGUUAGAUGGGAGGUUAGCGACCCUAUCCCAUUGAUCAGAGGUCGUGAGUUCGAUUGGCAGGAAGGGCACAGUGCCUUCGCCACCAAGGAAGAGGCUGAUGAAGAGGUGCUUGAAGUUUUGAACAUCUACUCUCGUGUCUAUGAAGAUCUUCUUGCGGUUCCUGUGAUAAAAGGUCGAAAGAGCGACAAGGAGAAGUUUGCUGGUGCGGAUUACACCACAAGCGUCGAGGCUUUUAUACCAACAACUGGUCGUGGUGUACAAGCUGCGACCUCGCAUUGUUUAGGACAGAACUUUGCAAAGAUGUUUGAAAUCGCCUUUGAAGAUAAGGAAGUAAAAAGAGACAAGAAAGGCAAAAUAAUAAAGCCAUUGGUGUGGCAGAACUCGUGGGGUGUAAGUACAAGAUCGAUAGGAGUGAUGGCUAUGACACAUGGAGAUGACAAAGGGUUGGUGUUACCUCCAAAAGUGGCACGUUAUCAAGUAGUUGUGGUCCCUGUUCCUUUCAAAGGUGCUGAUACCAAAAGGAUCUCUCAGGAGUGUCAAGCUGUUAAAACCACUUUGCAAGGUGCUGGAGUCCGUGCUAUAGUAGAUGAACGAGACAACUAUGCUUGUGGCUGGAAGUACGCAGACUGGGAGAUGAAAGGUGUUCCUUUGAGAAUCGAACUCGGUCCUAGAGAUUUGGAAAAAAAUCAGGUGAGAGUGGUGAGGCGCGACACUCGAGUGAAGAUGGAUGUGUUGAGAGUGGACUUGGUUGAGAAAGUCAAGGACUUGUUGGAAGUAAUACAGAGAGAUCUCUAUGAUGACGCCAAGAGAAAGCUUGAAGAAAGCAUUCAGAAGGUUGAAACUUGGGAUGAGUUUAAGGAAGCCCUGAGACAGAAGAAGCUGGUUUUAGCUCCAUGGUGUGAUGAAGUUGAGGUGGAGAAUGAUGUGAAGGAGAAUUCUAAAGGUGAAAACGAAGCAGGAGCGAAGACUCUAUGUACUCCCUUUGAGCAGCCUGAACUAAGAGAAGACACUCUUUGCUUUGCAUCAGGAAAGCCAGCCAAGAAGUGGACCUAUUGGGGAAGAAGUUACUAAUAGCAUGUUUAGGAUUCAAAGUCUUCUUUACUAAGUUAUGCUUUUCAUCUGUUUCCUUCUCUUUUUUGAAGUGUUAUAAUAUUCGCAAUAAGACCGUUCUUCCUUGUUUUACGAGAGAAACCCAUAAAACCUCUAUUCAUUAGUUAUUAUCAUAUGUAUUGUUCAGUGAAACCCACAAAAAGGUAAAUCCACAAAUUGAUUUACGAGAGAAGAAGCGUGUGUAACGAUGUCAUGAGAUCUCCGACAUUUACAUAUACUUGGUAAUACAAGAAUCAAAUUUAACACUCAAAGAAAAAUGAGGUUGUGUAAGUUUUCUAGAGGCUAAACAAAGCUUCAGAUGUUAGGACAAAAGGAGAAAUCUUUAUUCAGCAUAAGAGAGGCAAAAAAGUUAAACAAAAAAUUAUUUAACAUUUUGGCGAAUGUUGAGCGAAGAAGUAAAUGGGAAACGUCUACAAGAUCAUGAAAAGUGAGAUUGAUACGUUUUGAUACUUGCGAGGCAUUCGGAAAUGACUAGUUCUGGUGCCUACGAAUCCUGAAUGUAACUAAGACCAAAAAGCAGUUUGAUCAUUGGUCGCCUGGAACGCUGGGAUUGAUGGGACCUGUGUUCUAUGUAUGCAGCAGCUGGAAAUGAGAAACCAUCUAUUUUUUGGCUGCGAUUACUCCUCAUCACUAUGGUACAAGCUGAUGAAUGUUUUUAUGGGAAAUGGUUACUCAGAAGAGUGGAUGGAUGUCGUACGCUUCAUACAGAAACCAAACCUGGAUCGAACCAGAAGCUUCCUUGUUCGUUACGUUUUUCAAGCUACAAUCUACAUGAUUUGGCGUGAAAGAAACUGCCGCAGGCAUGGUGAGAGGCCGCGAUCUCCUGCAGUUCUCUUUGCCAUGAUUGACAGACUGGUCAAGAACAGAAUUAUGUCCAUUCGAGCACAAGACAGGAGACUUGAUUGUGCUUUCCAACUUUGGAUUGGAGCUAUACAAGCUUGAUUCUUUAUUAGGUUUUUUGUUUGCAAUUUUAAUAUGCUAAAGUGGCUCUUGCUGUAAAAAAAUACAUUUUUUAUUUGAAUCAAAUUUAACAUUUUAUUCAAAAAAAAAAAAAAAAAA